AUGAGAUUUCAACCCUACGACGACCCCCAGAGUGUAUCGGAUCGGAUUGUAAACGCGGACCCUCUGCCGGCGGCUAAGAUGCCUCGAUCCCGCCAACCCGCUCGUCUGCCGAGCGAAGCCCCCUCCGAAACCUCGUCGUCAACAUCUCCGGAACGCACUGCAGACGAUGACACAGACUUCUUCAUGGCCCAGGCCAACGACUCGCAGUCCUCCGUCGGUGUCGCCAACUUCCGCGAUCCCCACAUGCAGAAUGGUCGACCCGUGCCGCUGCCGCCGAUCGGCCGCCUCCCGCCCGAGAUCCUGAUCGCCAUCUUCUCGAAGCUGGUAUCGCCGGUAGAUAUGCUUAACUGCAUGCUGGUGUGUCGUGGAUGGGCUGCCAACUGCGUGGGGAUCCUGUGGCACCGGCCAUCGUGCAACAACUGGGACAAUCUGAAGAGCGUGGCGUCAUCAGUCGGGGCGCCGGAGAGCCUCUUUACCUAUGCAGACCUCGUCAAGCGCCUGAAUCUGUCGGCUUUGACGGGCGAUGUCAGUGAUGGCACUGUCGUCCCCUUCACACAAUGCAAGCGGGUCGAACGCUUAACUCUGACCAACUGCUCUAAACUCACGGACAAGGGCGUGUCGGAUCUGGUGGAGGGGAAUCGGCAUCUGCAGGCGCUGGAUGUCUCGGAGCUGCGCUACCUCACAGACCAUACGCUGUAUACGGUGUCUAGGAACUGUCCCCGCUUACAGGGUCUGAAUAUCACGGGCUGUGCCCUGGUCACGGAUGACUCGCUGCUUGUUGUAUCGCAAAAUUGUCGCCAAAUCAAGAGGUUGAAACUCAACGGCGUCUCCCAUGUCACUGAUCGAUCGAUCGUGUCUUUUGCAGAGAACUGCCCCGCUAUCUUGGAGAUCGAUCUACAUGACUGCAAGCUUGUCACCAGCCCAUCAGUAACUGCGCUGAUUACGACGCUGAGGCAUCUUCGGGAACUACGGCUUGCCCACUGCACUGAAAUCAACGACUCAGCCUUCUUGAAUCUGCCAGAGCAUAUGACCUUUGAUAGUCUGCGCAUCCUCGAUCUCACCGCGUGCGAGAACGUCAAAGAUGAUGCAGUCGAGCGCAUUGUGAAUGCUGCUCCGCGUCUACGGAACCUGGUUCUGGCUAAAUGCCGCUUUAUCACGGAUCGCUCGGUCAUGGCUAUCUGCAAACUCGGGAAGAAUCUUCACUAUGUCCACCUUGGCCAUUGCUCUAACAUCACCGACUCGGCAGUAAUUCACCUGGUCAAGUCCUGUAAUCGCAUCCGGUACAUUGACUUGGCGUGCUGCAACCGCUUGACGGAUACCAGUGUGCAGCAAUUAGCCACCUUGCCCAAACUACGACGUAUUGGGCUGGUCAAGUGCCAGUCCAUCUCGGAUCGAAGCAUCCUGGCUUUGGCGCAGCCGAAGGUUACACAUCCCUUGAUCAGUUGCCUGGAACGGGUACAUCUCAGUUAUUGCAUUCUUCUCACACAAGGUGGAAUCCAUGCCUUGCUCAAUAACUGUCCACGGCUCACUCACUUGAGCUUGACUGGUGUUCCUCGUUUCCUACGAGCAGAACUCACAGCAUUCUGCCGGGAGGCGCCCCCGGAGUUCACACAACAGCAACGGGAUGUUUUCUGCGUCUUCAGUGGCGAAGGGGUUAAGAGGCUCAGAGAGUUCUUGAACCAAAACCAUUCCCCGCCGCAAGAAGAAACCGAAGCCACCAUGUACGAUGACGACGAAGAGCUGGACGAAGACGAGGGCCAGAUGACAGGUCUUAUGCAUGCCACUGCCAUCAACGACGAAGAUUACAUCGACGUCGAGCCCUCCAACGGUUGA